AGGGGCAGGGCAGCAAGGGCGGGGUGGGGGUGCCCACAGAGGGCUGAGUAGCCCUGCCUGGUACCGUGGAGCCAGGGUUGACACCCAGCAGGGAAGUCCACCGCUGUCAGAGCUUCCAAAGUUCCCUUUCCUGCGACCACCUGGUUACCCCACAUCCUCCAAGUUUCAAGGUGGCCCUAUUCCUCUUAAGGGCCAGUUGGUGACCACAGAAAAAAGGAGAGACGGCCUCUCUGGCUGUCGCAAGAGAUUGCGUAAACAAGCUGAAUUACAGGAAAGAAGUGGGACAGAGCGGCAGGAGGAGGCCCUGACAACCCGGAGGGAGAGGACGCUGGGCACGGCUGAGUGUGCCACGUUCAAGACGAGAAAAUGGGAGGGCAGCAGAAGGUUGGGGAGCAGGGUGCAGGUCCCUACAUCCAGCAGCACUUGAGGUUUAGCUCAGCCAACACCACUAGGCCUGCGCCGUCCGAGAUACUUCCAGGAGCAGCGCGCAAUACCAACCGACCUCGGCGCCGGCUAGCACCGGAAGUCCAGGAGGUUCGCCGUUUCCGCUCCUCCCAGGCCACGGAGGUCCGCAUCAACCCUGUGGAGUUCAACCCCGACUUCAUAGCGCGUAUGAUACCCAAAGUGGAGUGGGCGGCGCUUCUGGAGGCUGCGGACACACUGCAUCUCAUCGAGGUGCCUAAAGAGCCGAUUCAGGGAUAUGAGCAUAACGAGGAAUUUCUGAGAAAGAUGCACCACGUGCUGCUGGAGGUGGAGGUCUUGGAGGGCACCCUGCAAUGCCCAGAGUCGGGACGUCUGUUCCCCAUUAGCCGUGGGAUCCCCAAUAUGCUGCUGAGUGAUGAGGAAACUGAGACAUAAACUGUGCCAGGCGCCGGUUUUUCACUCUGUGUGAAUCUUUGUUUACACGUUAUCUUGUUUGUUAGUCCUAUCCUGUGUAUCCCUAACCCUUGACCCAGUGACACACCACACACAGUGUUUUUGAGCUCGAUAUUAUAUAUUUUUUUUUCUCAUUAAAGGUUCAAAACCAAAA